GUUCUGCCCAUACCCUUUUUUCCUUUCAUUAUGUAGCAAACGUGUAGAAUAUUUAUUAUAAUAUUAUCGAUAAAUCCAUCAAUCGAUUUGCAAGAAAUAACAAAAACAAUGCUCUUCUACUCGUUCUUCAAAUCUCUGGUGGGCAAGGAAGUCGUCGUCGAGCUGAAAAAUGACCUCAGUAUAUGCGGCACUCUGCACUCCGUGGACCAGUAUCUGAAUAUAAAGCUAACGGACAUCAGUGUGACGGAUCCAGACAAAUAUCCGCACAUGCUCAGCGUGAAGAACUGCUUCAUCCGCGGCUCUGUCGUCCGCUACGUCCAGCUGCCCGGCGAGGAGGUGGACACCCAGCUGCUGCAAGACGCCGCGCGCAAAGAGGCCGUGGUGAGCACGCGGUAGAAGCACCCCUUUGCAGCACGCUCACCUCAGUCCAGCUCCUCUGGACGUUUUUUUUUUGUUUGUGUACUCCAAGGCUUUUAUUACAUAUAUUUAUUAGGGCUCCCGCCCUAAACCUAAGUGAAACAGCAAAUGAAGAAAUUUAAUACAAAAUAAUAGAACCACUCAACACGUAAGACACGUAAUGCAUUUAGCUAUACGCAUUAGAUAUUGUAUUUUCCAAAAUAAUUUAUUGAGCAGGCGAAGCUUUAUUCAACGCAACAGAAAAAACACUCAACGAAACCUAGGGCGCAGAGAAGGAGUGCCUAAAGUACCACUAAAUAUACAUACAUGCACUACAUA